AUGCCGACGACGUAUCAACUCUUUGGCGGUGCCAUAACCGUGGAGCUUGAAGGAGAUUAUAUGGAUGCCAGCCUAUACCGUCAAGUUCCUGAUAGUCAGGAAGUACUACUGCACCGCGACUCGGAUGUGAGCGUGAUUGUGGAAGUACUGCAGUGCGUGAGUCAGGCUACGGACCCUGAUGGCAUGAACGAAGGUGUGCGGUACCACUACGACUCACUAGCACAUGAUAACUCGGCGCUAUCGACGCAUGUAGAUUCGGUGGAUGCGCCGAAUGGAGCUGCUUCAGAAGGCACGACGCCUCAGCCAGCGCUACUGUUCGGCACGCAGCGUGUGCGCAAAUUUGGCAAGACGUCGGAAGAAAACGAUGUGGCCAUUCAUCUUGCGUUGUGGCGACUUCCAUCGAAGAAUGUCGACCUAGUCCUCUCAAUCAACGAUCCCACUAGACAAAUGACGCACGCCCAGAGCCGCCACGCGGCUCAGUCGCUUCGCAUUGUUGACUGGGGCCUCUUUCCCUAA